ACACAUUGUCAGACCCCCAGUAUAAAACCUGCUAGCCAGCGCAGACCGAAAAAACAGAACUAUUCUGCAUUGCACACAGACUACAAGAUAACAGAAAAUGCAGAACGCUGGUGUCACUCAACAUGGAAUGGGAUACGCCCCCUUCUGGAAGGUGAAGGUGUGGGAGCAGGAGUACUUCCAGGGUAAGUGUCAGGAGUUCACCUCGGAGUGCUGUAACAUCCAGGACUGCGGCUUCGACAACGUGCGAUCAAUCAGAGUGGAGAGCGGGGCAUGGAUUGGGUUCGAGCACCAUGAUUUCCAGGGCCAGCAGUUUGUGUUGGAGAGGGGGGAGUACCCUCGCUGGGAAGGCUGGAGUGGGAACCUGUCCUACCACGUGGAGAGACUCAUGUCCUUCAGACCUGUGUACUGCGCGUCUCACCGCAGUUCUCGGAUGAUGAUCUAUGAGAAGGAGGGGUUUCUGGGUCGCAGUGUGGAGUUGUGUGAUGAUUACCCCUCCCUGCAGGCGAUGGGCUGGUGCAACAGCGAGGUCGGGUCAAUGCAUGUGCAGAGUGGAGCCUGGGUCUGCUACCAGUACCCAGGUUACCGUGGUUACCAGUACAUCAUGGAAUGUGAACGCCACAGCGGCGAUUACCAGCACUGGAAAAACUGGGGCUCCCACGCCCAGACCCCCCAAAUCCAAUCCAUCCGCAGAAUCCAGCACUAGAGACGCCGGGAAUCAUCUCUGAUCCCCCCUCUUCUCUCUCUCCCUCUCUCUCUCCUCUCCCUCUCUCCUCUCCGAUGGACAGACUCCAGCGUCUCUCCGCUGUGAUGAAGCGAACGCUGUCCUCCGUUGAAAAACUGCCUCCAACUGAAUCAAAUAAAAAUGUGUUUUUGAAUCUCAA